UUUCUUUAAUUCCUGGUGUUUCUGCAGAACCUCUCACAUCACUCCUGUCCCCUGAAACAGAACAACCUCUGCUGCUGGGUUAUUAUUUAGAUUUUACUCAACAGAAGGUCAAAAUGAAGAUCGCUGCCUUCAAUGUCCAGAGACUAGGAUGGUCUAAAGUCAACAAGAAGGACGUACGGAAUAUUAUCAUAAAGAUCAUGUCUCAGUACAGCGUGGUGCUGCUGGUGGAGGUGACGGAUAAGACAGGUGGUGAUGCCAUGGGACUGCUCCGCCAACACCUUAAUGAAUAUGGAGAUAACAGAAGUAAUCCGUACCGCAAGCUGUGCAGUAAACCUCUGGGACCGGAGGGUAGACAGGAGAAGUUUGUCUACUUCUACAGAAAGAAAGAAGUGGAGAUAAUAAGAUGCUACCAGUACGUAGGAAAGGAUGAAGAUGUGAUCACCAGACAGCCUUUCAUUGUCCGUCUCAAUUGUCAAAACACAGUUGUGCAGGAUCUGGUGUUGAUCCCGGUCCACACCAAACCAAAAAACGCAGAAGCGGAGCUGAACGCUCUUCAUGACGUGGUUGAGGUUGUGAGGAAAAUAUGGAAUAAUGAUAACAUUAUGAUUUUGGGAGACUUUAAUGCCGAUGGACCGUAUCUCUCCAAGAAGAAGAAAACGCUCCGUAUCUUAUCGGCUCCUUAUCAUUGGCUGAUAGGCGAUGAUGUCGACACCACGACUACUAACACAAAAAAAAGCACCUACGACAGGAUCGUGGUUUACGGAGAGAGCAUGCUGGAGGCCAUCGUCCCCAACUCAGCCAAAGCCUACAACUUCAAGAGAGAGUUGAACUUGAAAGACAAACAAAGUGUCAGUAAUCAUUACCCUGUGGAGGUGGAGCUGGAGGUGAAGCCGGAGGUGGAGCAGAUGGAGGAGGAGAUGAGGAAGCUGGAGCUGAAGCAGAAAGCUCAGAGAAAAAGGAAUCCAGAGAAACCCUCGACUGGAGGAAGACCUCAGGUUUCAGGAGCCCAGAAGAAAAAGGCCGGGCCGGCAGACACAAAGGGGAAAGGAGUGUAAACCAAGAGAAGAGGAACCAAUCUUCAAUAUUUUAUUAUCUUAAAGUAGUUUUAGUUAUUAGCUUUUAGUGAAGAGCGCUAUUCAACCCUGUGACCCGUUUCAAGUUAGGGUAAGUAAUGUGUUUUGGGGCCAUCAAAUACAAUUACAACAGGAUUGUACGGUUAUGAAUGCAUAAUAAGUUAGUUAUGAUGUAGUUAAAACAAUAUUGGAUGAUUGGAUGAACACCCUGAACGGUAACAGCUUUCGAACACAACACAAGGGUUAAGUGUAUGAACAGAAUAGAGCUUGUAUUGCUUCUUGAUGUUUUUGAUGCAACUUCAAGUUCAGCAACAGAACAGUUUCUAGUAAUGUAGGAGGCAUUUUGUUAAAGGGGACCUAUUAUGC